AUUUAGGUUUGAGCAUUAAACACAUGGUCAAGCUACUGAUGCAGAGCGAAUCUAACAAAUUUGCUCCUACAACAAUUCCAGAAUAGAAUCAGACAAAGCACACUAACCAUAUAUAUAAUAAAGAACGAAAGAAAUGACGGAGCCAACGAGUACAGAGAAUCCGUGCAUUCCCAACACCGAUCGAAACGACCUAAAUGUAGUAGACCAGCUGUUAUUUGAAUCUUCUUCCCAUAGAUAUCCCAUCCUAAACCUGUAACUAAUAUGGUAAAACUUACCAUCCAAAAAUAGCAUACAUAACUAGCAAAGGCAUAACACUGGUGGCAAUCAUAGCAGAAAGUUGAGUGUCCUUUUUUUUUUUUACUAUUCCUGGUAAUCAUACAUUAUCAUCAUGAACUGAUUUGAUUUUAUUCUGAUUCAAAGUCGAGAUCCAUCAAACCAACAUCAAGCCAGAGACCAUUCAUUUCCCACCAAGUAAUUGAUGCAGGUUCUGGCUCCCAUCUCUUCUGCCUCCAUUUCCCCUCACGAUGAAAGGAUGAUUCAACAACUGGACUGCCGUCCACCUCCUCCCUGGUUCCCUCUGCAAACAACAAGCGAAUGAGAUCCCUGAACUCCCCCGGAAGCAGUCACGGGAGCCUCCGGCGGCUGCGACAUCAAGCUCGCCCAGUCGCCCUGCCUACUCACAUCAAAUGGGAACCUCCCCAAGUAGAACUCCAAAAUGCUCACCCCAAAAAGCUCCAUAUGUCCCCAGCGUAACCGUCAUACUGGCCGUGAUUCAACUCCGUGUUGAUCCUCUCCGGGCUCAUGUAAGCAAUGAUUCAAGUCCGUGUUGAUCCUCUGCGCCAGCACCCUGCUCACCCCGAAAUCGGAAAUCUUGACGUGCUUGCUGGAAUCGAUCAGCAGAUUGGAGGGCUUGAUGUCGCGGUGGACGAUCUUGCGGCGGUGGAGUCUCCGCCGGAGGAGGAAGAAGGCGCAGAGCACGACGAGAUUGAAGACGAGAGCACUAGUAGGAAUGCGAUUCCUCUCCUCCGUGGGAAAUCCUUGACCUCGCAGUUCUCGAUUCCGUCUGAAACGAGAAACCCCUACGUAACCAAGCAGCCGCCACCUCCGCCACCGCUCCAAAACAAGGCUCUAGCGCCGCCUCCGCCAGCUCCUCCGAGGAAACCAAACGCUCCACCGCCGCCUCCUCCGGGCAAGGCCGGUCCUACAUCUAGACAAACGGCGAACGAAAGCAACGAAAAAUCAGGCGAGUCAUCCGGGAGCGGCGCUCAAGUAAAGUUGAAAUCAUUGCAUUGGGAUAAACUGAACAAGAACAAUGCCGAUCAUCCAAUGGCCUGGGACAAACUCCACGGAGCUUCUUUCAGAGUGGAUGGUGAUCUAAUGGAAGCGUUGUUCGGGUACGUAGCCACGAACAGGAAAUCCCCAAAUAGCGAAGGCGGCGGCAGCAGCAGCCAUUCGAACAAUCUAAACCAUAACCAAAAUCUCGCGGCCAGCCCAAGAUCGCAGAUCGAGCUUUUUGAGUCAUUGAUGGACGGCCACGGCCUUGAUGCGGAUCUUCUCGAGAAGCUCACAAGAAUUGCACCGACGAAAGAGGUAGAAACCCAGAUCUUGGAAUUCACCGGAGGCCUGACCCGGCUCGCAGAUGCCGAGUCCUUCCUCUACCAUCUGCUCAAGGUGAUCCCCUCCGCAUUACCCGUGUAA